GAAGAGAGUGAGGGGAGUAAAGAGGAGGAACAUCAUGUUAAAAUUGAGGACAAAAAUCAUUUACAGACUGAUGGUAUUUUGAAAAGGAGAGACAAGAAUCGUUUCACCUGUACUCAGUGUGGGAAGAGUUUUGGAGGAAAUGGCAAUCUUAAGAUUCACAUGAUGAUCCACACUGGAGAGAAACCAUUCACAUGCACUCAGUGUGGGAAGAGUUUCAGCCAAUCAUCACACCGUAAUGACCACAUGAUGAUUCACACCGGAGAGAAACCAUUCACGUGCACUCAGUGUGGGAAGAGUUUCAUCCGGUUAUCAUUGCUUAAUCAACACAUGAUGAUUCACACUGGAGAGAAACCAUUCUCAUGUACUCAGUGUGGGAAGAGUUUCAGGCAAACAUCAUACCUUAAUGAACACAUGAUGAUCCACACCGGAGAGAAACCAUUCACAUGCACUCAGUGUUGGAAGAGUUUCAGCCGCUCAUCAGACCUUAAUCUACACAUGAGGAUCCACACUGGAGAGAAACCAUUCACAUGCACCCAGUGUGGGAAGAGUUUCAGCUGCUCAUCAUCCCUUAAUAAACACAUGAGGAUUCACACUGGAGAGAAACCAUUCACAUGCACUCAGUGUGGGAAGAGUUUCAGCCAAUCAUCAGACCUUAAUAAACACAUGAUGAUCCACACUGGAGAGAAAUCAUUCACAUGCACUCAGUGUGGAAAGACUUUCAGCCGCUCAUCAAACCUUAAUCAACACAUGAGGAUCCACACUGGAGAGAAACCAUUCACAUGCACUAAGUGUGGGAAGAGUUUCAACUGCUCAUCACACCUUAAUCGACACAUGAGGAAUCACACUGGAGAGAAGCUAUUCACAUGCACUCAGUGUGGGAAGAGUUUCAGACAACCAUCACUCCUUUAUCUACACAUGAUAAGCCACAACAGAGAGAAACCCACAGCUUCGGUGUGGGAUGAGUUUCAGCAACUCCUCAGACCUUAAUAAACACAUGAUGACCCACACUGUAGAUAAACCAUUCACAUGCACUCUGUGUGGGAAGAGAAUCAACCAAUCAGUCAACCCUAAUGAACACAUUAAGAUCCACACUGGUGUGAGAGAGUAUUUGUGCUUUGAGUGUGAGAAGACUUUUAUUACAGCUCUAAAAUUAAAACUGCACCAGACAUUUCACACUGGACAGUAGUGAUGGGAAGUUCAUAUCAUUUUACUUACUGGGAUCUUUGAGUCUCAUUCAUCAAGAUGACAGUAUCUUUUUUCGGAGUCACGUGACGGUAAUGGCGGAGUAGCAGCUCAAGAUUUGGUCUCAAGAUAUAUUAUGUUAAGAGGCUCUCUUUAUGGGCAAGAAAUUUCAGUUUUAAAUUUAUAUUUUCCACCUAUUCAGACCACAGAUUUUAUUUCUAAGGUUUUUUUUUAAAUUUGCGCAUUGGCUUUGUGACAACACAGUUAUAGCUGGUGAUUUUAAUUGUUUUUUCUCCUCAUUAGUAGAUAAAUGUCCUUCAACACAAAAUCGUAGUCAGAUGUCGAAUAGAGCCAAAGCUGUUUUGGAUACCUGCAAAGAACUUGAUCUGGUUGAUACUUGGAGGGUGUUACACCCUAAUGAGAAGGAGUUUACAUAUUAUUCAGCUGUUCAUAAAACCAGUAGUAGAAUUGACUUGAUCUUCAACCCCUAAAAUUUCUUUUAGUAAAGUUGAGUAUUGUAAUUUUGGGGAUAUUUUGAUAUCCGAUCAAGCACCGCUCUGUAUAGGCAUAAAUUUCAGUAAUUUGACACUCUCUAAUAAACAAUGGAGUUAUAAUUUAUACCUAAAUUUUGACCCUAAUUUUGAAGGUUUUUUAACAGAACAGAUGAAUCACUUUUUUUGUAGAAAACAAAACUCCGGGUGUUUCUCCAGGUUUACUUUGGUAUACAGAAAAAGCAUAUGCUCGAGGUUUAAUUAUAUCAUAUUCAGCUGGGCUUAGGAAAAAAGUAGAAGAGAACAGAGAAACUUAGAGCUCAAACUACAUGAUCUACAGGCCAGAUAUAAUUUAUCUCCCUCAGAUGAACUAAGAUGUGACAUACAAAUAACAAAAACUGCAUUGGAAGCGAUACUUACGAAAAAGGCGGAGAAAUCAAUGUUCUUUGUAAAGCAAAGUGUACGAAUUUGCUAAUAAACCUAAUCGCUAUUUGGCUAAUCUUUUGCAGCUUAGGACAUCUACUCAAAAUAUACCUUGUAUUAAAGAGUUGAAUGGUUCUUUGAAUUAUAAUAAUAAGGAAAUUAAUAAUAGUUUUAGAAUCUUUUUUGAGCAAUUGUACACAUCUCAAUUUAAUUAUAGUGCGGAAAUUAAUAUGGAAGCUUUUUUUACAAACCUAUCUCUUCCUCAAAUUUUAAAUGACCAGAGAAAGAUAUUAGAUGCUCCAUUAACUCUCAGUGAAUUUAAGAAUUGUAUUCAAUUUCUCCCUAAUAACAAGGCACCAGGUCCUGAUGGUCUCAGUGCAGAGUUUUAUAAAAAAGUUUGUCAGUAUUUUAUCUGGCCCAUUACAUGAGAUGAUUCUUCACUCAUUUGAAAAAGGGGUCCUUCCCCCUUCAAUGAUGGAAGCUAAUAUUUCCUUGGUUCAUAAAAAAAGUAAACCAGCUGAUGAAUGCUCCUCUUAUAUGCCCAUAUCUGUUUUAAAUAUAGAUUCUAAGCUUUUUGUCAAAGUACUGGCUUCUCGAUUGGAGUCAAUACUACCUUUUAUUAUUAAUAACGAUCAGACAGGAUUUAUACGGGGUAGAUUCUCAUCACAUAAUAUAAGAAGGCUUUUUAACAUUAUUAAACAUUGUUCUUUGUAUAGCCCAGACUCACUGGUUAUAUCACUUGAUGCAGAAAAGGCUUUCGAUCGGUUGGAAUGGCCAUACCUUUUUUUUGUGCUUAAAAAAUUUGGGUUAGGGGCUGACUAUAUUAUUUGGAUCUGUAUAUUAUACAAUUUUCCUCUUUCUGCUGUAAUUACUAAUAGUCUUCGAUCUAGUAACUUUAACAUUGAAAGAGGUACAAGACAAGGAUGUCCAUUGAGCCCUUUACUUUUUGCCCUGGCAAUGGAACCCUUAGCGGUAAAAAUAAGACAGGAUACAAAUAUCCAAGGUAUCUCUUUAAAGGAUCAACAGCAUAAAAUUUCGUUAUAUGCUGAUGAUGUUUUGAUUUACUUAGAGUCCCCUAAGAAAUCUAUACCUAAUUUGAUAACACUAAUUAAUGAUUAUGGAUCUUUCUCUGGUUACAAAAUAAUUUUUUCUAAGAGCGAAGCCAUGCCUCUUAAUAAUUCGCAUAGAUUAAAUCCUAGUAUAUCGCAUCCAUUUCGGUGGUCCCCUGGGGGCUUUUAUUACUUGGCCAUAAAAGUUUCCUCUCAGAUAUCAGACUUAUGAAGUCGAAACUUCAUUCCCCUUUUACAAUCGGUAAUACAAAAUGUGGAUAGGUGGUGUGCCCUACCAUUAUCCUUACUGGGUCGUAAUCAUCUCAUUAAAAUGAAUGUUCUUCCACGCUUUCUCUACUUAUUUCAAAUGCUCCCUAUUAAAAUUACUAAAAAAGUUAUAGCCCAGUUGAAUAGUGCUAUAAUUUCAUUUAUUUGGGCUAAAAAAAAGACCAAGACUACGAUAUAGUGUCCUUUUUCUCCCCAUUAAAUCAGGUGGUUUAGCUGCCCCAUCCUUUUUAUAGAAUUAUCUGGCUGCUCAGUCUAGGUUUCUUUUAGAAUGGCUUAUAGAUGACCCAGAAUCUACUUGGAUUGGACCUGAAGCUGCAUCCCUGGACGGGAUUCCCCUACGUAAUUUGCUUUAUAUCUCAACUGCUAAAGCUUCUGCUCUGAUCAAAGGUAAUAGUAUUUUAAAGAAUAUGUUAGACAUAUGGUGACAAACUAGAAAACGUUAAGGUUAUGAGAAUUGUUUCUCACUAUCAACCCCUCUCUAUGGAAAUCCAGAUUUCCCACCAGGCCUUAGAGCUGGGCUGGAAGAUUGGAGUGAUAAGGGCAUUAAAGUGGUGGGUGAUAUUAUUCAGGAUGGUACGAUUCUCACAUUCCAAGAGAUUAAGUAUAAGUUCAGUAUUCCUAAUGCGGACUUUCUUAAGUAUCUGCAGGUUCGAAACUUUAUUUUGACAAAAUAUAGAGAUUACCCAGGAGGAUUUGGUAUUUACCCAGUUGAAUCACUUCUUGCCAUUGAGAAGCAGGUCAAAUGCAUUACACGGCGUGUCUAUGUAACCAGUUCUGCGUUGUGUUUUCUUAUUUUUAUGAAGGAAUAACCAGUCGGAGAUCUGCAGUUGUGACGGCUCUUUACUCACUGAGAAUAAACCAAAAGCACAGCUUUUACAGUGCGUCUUCGCCCUUACAGCUUUUCUCUCCUAUGCGCAGUCAGUGCAAAAAGGGGACAGAUGGAGAGAGAGAUAGAACAAAACUCCAAACAAUAUUAACAAAGUGACAACCCAGCUAGAAAUUUUACAUUCCCUGAAUGUUAAGGACGUUCUGAGAAUGUCACAAUGUUAAGUUCUUUAAAGGUUUGGAGGACCUUUACAGAACAUUCAGAACGUUCUCAGAAUGUUUAGGGGACUAAACCUUAUUGGAAAAUUUGACAUUCUCAUAACGUGCUUGUUGGUGUUAAGGCCGUUGUCUAGUAACGUUCCCAGAAAGACAAGAUGUGGAAUUCUUUAAAGGUGUGAGGGACGUUAUUUUGCGGACCUUCACAGAAUGUUAUUUUCUUGUCCUGAAGGUUAGAGACAGAAAGAGCUCAAUCAAUAAAAUGUUACUAAAAUUGGCUUUAUUGGCAGAAAACAUAAAGCAUUUGUCAAACAAUUUAAUUUUUAA